UGGAUCCCGAGAUCCACACGGGUGGCCAGCUGGCGGGAGGGGACGGGGUCAAAGGUGGAAGGCUUCAGGCUGGUGGGGAGAGAAGGGGGCCCGGACCCAGGUUCGGGAAGGGGAAGGACGUGGGCCAUCCAGGCCUGUGAACAGGAUGGACUCUUGUCCCCGUCGGGUGGUUACCGCUGCAGGGAGGGCUGCUGAGACCGGGCAGCGCAAUUUCUGGAUCCCAGGCGGCGGAGUCAGGCUGAGCACAGGCUGUGUGUGCCCUGCGUCUGGGAGACAGUGGAGCCCAGAUUCCUCAGCUGAGCCGGCUGUGAUGGAUGGGGUCACACCCAGCACCUGUUUUGUACGGUCUCUGCAGACCUUUCGGCUCCUGAUGACAAGAGAUCCAGAUGCCGAGUCAGCUCUGGCUUUCCCUAACUGGUUUGCUCUGAGAUGCAGAGUUCUGGCUUCAGCGACAAAGGGGAUGAUACAAAACAGCAUUCUGUCAAGUGAGGGACCAAACAACACCAGAGAGAAUGAGGUCACCGGAGGGCAUCUGGGGAGGCUUUAUUUCUGAUUGGGACCAAGCGUGGGUCUGGGCUUGCGUGGGGAUUUCCAGGGUGCUUUGGAGGUGUCCGGGAGACGAUGGCUGACUUACAUUUCUGCUCUGGUAGGCUCCUGGCCAGAAGCUGGAGGGGGCUUGGCCAAUAAGAAGGAGAAACGACGGAGUUGUGCUUUCUACCUCUGAGAUAGAAAUGUCUGCAGACGGCAGAGCCGCCCAGGCUACCCAGGACAAGGAGAGAGCCCGAGAGGUUCCAGGUCAUGGGCAUCCUCGUCAAGGAAUGCUCUCUGAGUCAGAGGAGACGGUGCCUUUGGGAGCUGCUCAGGAGUCUCCCCACAUCAAGACGGAGCCGGAAGAGCCACAGCCUGAGGGGGCAUCGCAGGGGGCCGGGGCCCGAGGAGAGCAGGGCUGGGUGUCCCUAAGCCAGGGCUCUAAGGACAAAGCUCUUUUCCUGCCCGGAGGAGCCCUCCCCUCCCCCCAGAUCCCCGUGCUCUCUCGUGAGGGGAGGACCAGAGACCGGCAGAUGGCUGCGGCGCUCCUCACCGCCUGGUCCCAGAUGCCAGUGACCUUCGAGGACGUGGCCCUGUACCUCUCCCGGGAGGAGUGGGGGCGGCUGGACCACGCGCAGCAGAACUUCUACAGGGACGUCCUGCAGAAGAGGAACGGGCUGUCCUUGGGGUUUCCCUUCAGCAGACCUUUCUGGGCCUCCCAAGGACAGGGCAAGGGUGAGGCCUCGGGCUCCUGCCGGCAGAUGGGAGAUGAGGAGAAGACAGGAGCCAUUGAGGUGGGGAAGGAGGAGCCGGCCCCAUCCCCGGCAGCCCUCCGGGACGCGAAGUCCUUCCGAAGCAGGGUGGGGAGAGCGCAGGGGAACGGCCUGCCGCGCGGGCAGGAGGUGGCCAGCGGCCAGAGCUCAGGGGCAGCCAGAGACGAUGCGCAGCCGGGCCCCCCGGACGAGAGGCCGGCGAAACCGGCCCCGCCCGAUGCCAGCCUGGCGAAAGCCCCGGAGGGCCGCCUCCCAGAGAAACCCAGAGAGGGGCGGACGGCCACCCCCGAGGGCAGCGAGGAGGGCCUGGCCCCCGACGGGGACGCGGGCAAGAAGACGUACACGUGCGAGCAGUGCGGCAAGGGCUUCAGCUGGCACUCGCACCUGGUGACACACCGGCGCACGCACACGGGCGAGAAGCCCUACGCCUGCACGGACUGCGGCAAGCGCUUCGGCCGCAGCUCGCACCUCAUCCAGCACCAGAUCAUCCACACGGGCGAGAAGCCCUACACCUGCCCGUCCUGCUGGAAGAGCUUCAGCCACCACUCGACGCUCAUCCAGCACCAGCGCAUCCACACAGGCGAGAAGCCCUACGUGUGCGACCGCUGCGCCAAGCGCUUCACCCGCCGCUCGGACCUGGUCACCCACCAGGGCACGCACACGGGCGCCAAGCCCCACAAGUGCCCCAUCUGCGGCAAGUGCUUCACGCAGAGCUCGGCCCUGGUCACCCACCAGCGCACGCACACCGGCGUCAAGCCCUACCCGUGCCCCGAGUGCGGCAAGUGCUUCAGCCAGCGCUCCAACCUCAUCGCGCACAACCGCACGCACACGGGCGAGAAGCCCUACCACUGCCUCGACUGCGGCAAGAGCUUCAGCCACAGCUCGCACCUCACCGCCCACCAGCGCACCCACCGCGGCGUCCGGCCCUACUCCUGCCCGCUCUGUGGCAAGAGCUUCAGCCGCCGCUCCAACCUGCACCGGCACGAGAAGAUCCACACCGCGGGGCCCAAGGCCCUGGCCGUGCUGAUGCUGGGGGCGGCGGGGGCCCUGGCGGCACCCCCGCAGGCUCCCACUUAG